AUGAACUGGUGGCCAUGGAUUCCAAACUCUUUCGUCCAGAGAGGGAUCAAUCAAUGGUCAGGGCAACCUGUGGGCAAGAUGUGCAACGAAAUACCUCUAAGAGAACAUAUUACAUCUCUUGUUAACUUCAAAGACAACUUACUCUUAUCUCUCAACCCCUUCCACGAUGUUGUGGAAUGGAAUAAUGUAGGAAGACCUCGACCAGCGGCUUUAUCAAUGCGUUUCUUACGGAUGCCCUCCAUUCUCAGAUAUACCUUCAUAUCCAUGUGGUGGACGACUUCAACGGCGCUCCAUCUUGAGCCAGCUCCUCCCCUCACCGUCCCUGUAAAUCAGCCCCAAAUUUUCACUUGGAUUCGCGACGACGACGACGACGACGUUCCAUCGAGUGUCACUGCAAUUGCGGUCAAUAGCAGCCCGACUCAAUCCUCUAAGGACAACGAGGACUUUGUCGGUUCCAGGAUGUUUGCACCUGCUGACAUUCGUUUCCGACUCCUGAUACAUCUCGGUGGCGGAGAUGACGAGGAUGACGAGGACGACAAACCAAGAAAUGGGACCGUUACACUGACUUUCCCCAGUGCAACGUCAUUUUCGAUUGUAGCAAAGAAAGGGAAGCCCCCUGGACAGAAAGUGUUACAUACUUUUAGUGGAACAGUGGUAGCGACUGUUAGCACCGGAACAACCUCCACCACCGCCUCCACCACAACGCAAGCACAAUCCGCCUCAUCUACAAACACCGCCCUUUCAACUCCUGGCAGCAGCAGUUCAGCGUCAAGCACGGUAAAUGGGCCAGCGCAGGCUGGCACUCCAACAUCUACGGGUGCCACUACAGAGACUUCCGUGAUUUCCACUUCGUCCGCAUUAACAAGCCCCGUAUCGACGAUUCCUUUGGGUACCGCGGUAAAAACAGGGGAAAACAAUAAAGCCGUUAUACUAGGCUGUGCGCUCGGGGGUAGCAUGUUCAUCUUGGUCUCCCUCCUUCUCCUUUUCGCAUGGCGACAACGGCGUCAUAGGAAAGGUAGAUCAAGAGACACGAUGAGUAGGACCAGCUCGAUCAUGUUCUAUCGAGAUGAAAUGGUACGGGCUAUCGCUAGACGCCUAACAUUCCGGAAAGAAGAUCCCACUGAAGACACCUCGUCGUCUACAGCAACUUUUACGGGGAGUUUCAAGGAAAAACAGGCUCGGAAUUCUAUGAGCCUAGCAGGUUUAGAUGUUCUUGAAAAACAUGAUGUUAAUCCUCUUGCACCGACAGAACCGAAAGAUGCCUUUUGGGCCCGAACGGAUAGGCAAAUGGAAAUAGAGCAGAAGAUCAUCGAAUUACAGUCUCGAUUGAUUUCGGCGUCCCCCCUUGAGAAAGACUGGAUAAUGGAUAGAGUUAAGAAAUUAAAGGAGCUUAGAAAUUCGGAUUGGGCGUAUGGGAGAGAUGGGGCCGAGGUCCCAGAGGUGAUGAGGGGUUGGAAUAGUGUUCCCUGA